UCUCCUAUAGAGCUCAGUUACAUUCGAGACUCGACAACGUUCAGACCGUGCGGUUGGUGCCAAAUUCAGAGUUUUAGUUUAGAAAUUCGUCAAAAUUCAAAAACUAAAUUGCGGGGGUAAAGAGGAAAAGGGCAACUCUCCUUCUUUAAAUAAAAAAAAAAAAAAAAAACCGGAAAAAGAAGACCGUUCCUAAAAAAUCAGAGAAAACUGAAAAAAAAAUCGUUAAGAAUUCUGUGAAGUUCGUGCCAAGAGUCAAGUGCUACCGUAGACGUUUCUCUCAAGACAGGAUGUCGAGCGGAUUCUCAUUCUGGAAUGGCCAGCCGGUGACCUCGCCCGUCUUCCCGCAAAUGGGUGACCUGUUGAGCCCGAACUCGUCGGGCUUCCAGUGGCCCAGCGGAUCCGGAGCGGCGGGACCAGCAACGGCAGUGGGCAUGUCCCCCAGCGGAGCUCGUUACUUCCCCGGUGUCGGACUCGGGGCUUCGCCAAUGCAGAUGCAAAUGGCUGGGAUGGGCGAUUUCCGGCAUCUGAACUGCCCCACCAUGGCGAUGGGCUAUUUUGGUCAGCCCCAGAGCCAGUAUGAGCCGUGCAUCGAGAAUGGAGAGGCCUUCUGCGCCUACAACGGCAUGGACAUGGCCAUGCAUAUGCACGGGGCCGGGGGGAUGGCGGGACCAGGUGCCGGGGCUGGCGCCAAGGGUGACUUCUGGUAGGCGCCAUGAACCCACCAACCCACCACCCCACCCACUGUAGCCCUCGGGCUUAUGUCCCAUCCACUAAUCCAGACGAAGAGUAUCCAUGUUGUCGUCGCAUCCUCAGACUUGGUGUUUGGAGUGAGAGUCGAUUCCCUGGUUGCGUGUCUUUAAAUAUGGCUUUUCUUUGUCUUCUUUCAAUUGAAAUUUUUAGGUUUUAUUAAAUUGUAUAAUUUAAAACUAAAAA